UCACGCCCCACUGCCCGCUGUCACGCGUCCCUAAUUUUUUGUUCCCUUCGUGGCGUCUCUAUACCGGCCGUGCUGCGUUAUUCGCUGUUCAUCAUUGAUUGUUUGCGUGGCGCUCGCGCAGCACGGGCUAUACGGCCGCGGUAGUCGUCUUCGUGGCAGUUGACGCGCAUGCCAAUCUCGGAAAAUGGCCGGCGGAGCGAUGGACGCUGGAGGCACCGAGGAGGGCUUGGAGCACGGCGUAGAUGACGUGGACGGACACGUGAAGCUCAAGGUUAUCUGCCUGGGCGACAGUGCUGUGGGGAAAUCAAAGCUCGUGGAACGGUUUCUACUGGACGCCUACAAACCUCACCAAGUUUCUACCUACGCACUCACACUGUUACGACACAAGACGAAAGUUGAUGGUGAACCUGUUAUAGUAGAUUUCUGGGACACUGCCGGCCAAGAGAGGUUCAAGACUCUUCACCCUUCCUAUUACCACCAGGCGGACGCUUGUAUUCUGGUCUUCGACGUCACAAGGAAGAUCACGUACAAGAACCUCUCUAACUGGUACAAGGAGCUUAGAGAUAACAGGCCUGCAAUACCUUGUCUUUGUGUCGCCAACAAAAUUGAUGCUGAUAGCACUGUCGUGCAAAAGAGCUUCAACUUCGGCAAGAAGAACGGCAUGCCUUUCUACUUUGUAUCCGCGUCUGACGGCACGAACGUUGUAAAGAUGUUUCGAGAUGCCAUCUCGGCAGCUUACAGGUACCGAAAGGACCCCACAGAUUUCAUCGACCAAGUACUGCAAGAAUUGGAGGGCUUCAGCAGUGAAGGCGAAACUGAAGACACGUCUUCAACUUCUGGCGGCAGCGCAUCUGUGAAGCCCGUGUAAGACCCGACGAAGAUGACGGUAGAAAUAAUGCUGCGGAGCGUCCUGGGUUGUGUGUAUGCAAUUUGCCCAAGACUGUCUGAAACCGGGGUGCUGUGAAAUUGACGCACAUAUAUAAGAAUUCGCACAGUAAUAAAGUUCGAUUCUAUUAAACAAGCUUUUUAUAGGGAAUGCUUACAUGAACAAAUUUGUGUAAAUAAAA